GUGGAGAAAGUACACAGGGGUGAUCAGAUGGAUGGGCUUCUGUAUCCUGCUAAGAAAGUACCACCAAUAGCAAAAACUGAUGCAGAGCAAGAAAAGGUAUCUCAGAAUGUUACUUCUUCAAAAGUAGACCCUUUGAUAAAACCACGUAUGGAGAUCGUGCCUGCACUUAGUAGUGACUUCAAGCAGAAAGUUGUCAACAUCUUGCUGAAGUAUUCCAAUGGUCUUUGGGCUAAUGCACUUCCCAAGUUGUACCAAGACACUUACCAAGUAAAAUUUCCAGAAGACAUUCUAAAUAAUCUGGAGUUGCUCUCAGAUGUAUGUAUAGUGGACUAUGUAUCAGAAGCCCCCAGAAAGGCCAUCCUCUAUGCUAAACCCCAAAGACACAUUGAUGAAAAUCUGAAUGUCACUGAGAAAGCCCAGAGGCGUGACAGUAUGAAGGCCACAGCUGAGCAACGGUAUGAAGAAUCCAAGGACCAGUAUACAGAGAGUGUAACUGUUCCUCCUCUAGUCAUUCCUUCAGAAGGACCUGUGUCUGUCAUGGUGUUAGAACUCAAAAACACUAACGAGGUCUUAAUUAGGUACGUGGGCAAAGAUUAUUCUUCUGCCCAGGAGCAAAUGGAAGAUGACAUGAAAGGGUACUAUAGUCAGAACAGUACCGUGUCAGUAGCUGAGUCGCUGAGUGUUGGGCAGCUUGUUGCAGUGCAUGCUGAAGAAGAUGCCUGGCUGCGUGCUCAGAUAAUUUCUCUGGAAGACAACAGAGUAAAGGUACACUAUGUUGAUCAUGGCUUCAAUGAGUUUGUUGAAAGCAGCAGUGUGUACAAAUUACAUAAACAGUUCACUUCGCUUCCAUUUCAAGCUGCAAAGUGUAAACUGGCGGGACUGGAAGUCUUCUGUGAUGAUCCUGUCCUAGUAAAGGCUGUGGAAUCACAGGCAUGCUUCAAGAUAUUUGCUGUGGAAAUACUGGAAGAGAGUGAUACUCCUCUUCUUGUUCUCUAUGACACUUCUGGAGAAGACGAUAUCAACAUCAAUGCUACUUGUCUCAAGGCAUUGUAUGACAAGUCCCUUGAACUGCACCUACAGGUAGAUGCACUAUAUACAAAUGUCAGAGUAACCAGUGUUUUCUCUGAUGGAAGCCUGUAUUGCCAAGUGCCAUCUAAAGGCUUGUCCAGACUUUCUGAAAUGUUGCAGAAAAUAGAAGACUUCUUCCUUUACAAGCAGACAUCUGAACUUAAUCUAUCAUUACCUUUCUGUGGCAAAAUCUGCUUGUUUCUUUCCAAAGGAAAAUGGGCACGUGUAGAGAUCAGAAUUAUUCACACUAGGCGGGCACUUGAUGUGCAGUUCAUGGAUACUGGAACAGUUGCAACUGUGAAAGUGUCAGAGCUUAGAGAAAUCCCACCACAGUUUCUGAGAGAAGUAAUUGCAAUACCUCCUCAGGCUAUAAAAUGCUGCCUAGCAGAUCUUCCUCCUAACACUGGCAUGUGGACUCCAGAUGCUGUACUGUGUCUGCGAGACACUGUAAUGAAUUGUCCUGAAUUUAACAUGAAGGUGGUUAAACAAGAUGGUUCAAAGGGAACUACACAUGUUUACUUGUUUGCUCCAGAGAAUUUCCCAGACAUGGAUCGUAGUGUCAAUCAACAGAUCAAAAAUGCAGACUUGUGGAAGCAUCAGAAAGAUGUUUCCUUGAGUGUUACACCAAUUGGGACAAGCUCCACAAAAGUGACAAGUGAUGCUGUGUUAACUAGUGGAAAAUUGGAGAAGAGUCACUUUGAUUCAGCCAGAGAAUCCAGCAGUGCAGUGUCUACCAUUGAUAUGCCUCCACCUCUACCCUUAUUAAAGAUUGGUGAGCUCAUGGACGUCUAUGUCUCAGUGGCUUGCCAUCCAGGUCACUUUAUUGUCCAGCCUUGGAAAGAGCUACAUCAUCUGGAAGCCCUGAUGGAAGAAAUGAUCUUGUACUACAGCAGGUCAGAAGGGAAAUCUGUGGACGUUGAAAAAAACAAGCUGUACGCAGCUAAAAUUGGAAAUCAGUGGUACAGGGUCAUAAUAAAAGGAAUUCUUAGAAAUGGUUUUUUGUCGGUAUAUGAGCUGGACUAUGGUAAACAUGAGUUUGUCAGCAUAGAGAAAGUACGACCACUCAUGGAUACAUUUAGAAAACUACCUUUCCAAGCUAUAACAGCUCAGCUUGCAGGAGUGAAAAGCCAGCAGUGGUCAGAAGAGGCAUCAAUAGUGUUUCGGAACCUUGUAGAGAAGAAGCCCUUGGUGGCACAGAUACAGGCAGUUACCGAAAGCACUAACCCUUGGGAUCGAAAAAUAGUGACUUUUCUCGUGGACACGUCGCUUCCAGAAACUGAUGUAUGGAUCCAUGAUUUUGUGUCUCAGAGCCUUGUGGAAUUUUCAAAGGAUGAUUAA